AUGGGUACAUCGAAGAAGGAAGCCGCCCGCAAGUUGCGGGAGGGCAAGACCGGAGACGGAAUGGGCAAUGUCAAGACCAAGGGCGAAAACUUCUACAGGAGUGCUAAGAAGGUCAAGACUCUUAAUAUGUUUAAGGAUGGUAAAGCGCAGCGAAAUGCCCGCGGUGAAAUCACCAAAGCUGCUUCCUAUCAGUCGCGGGAUAUCCCAAACGCUCGGAUAGAGCCCAACAGAAAAUGGUUUGGCAAUACAAGAGUUAUAUCGCAAGAGGCUUUGAGCUCCUUUCGUGAAGCAGUCGCUGAGCGUGCUUCGGAUCCGUAUCAGGUUCUGCUGAAAACAAACAAGUUGCCGAUGAGUUUGAUCCGCGAUGGAUCGAACACAAAUGGAUUGAAGGAGCACAAGGCUAAGAUUGCAGUUGAGUCAGCACCGUUUAGUGACACCUUUGGUCCUAAGGCGCAAAGAAAACGAGUCAAACUCGGUGUUGGGACGCUCGAAGAUCUUGCUGGCGAAUCUGUCAAGAUGCACGACACGUAUUUGGAACGCCUAGGCCAAGCAAAGCUCCUGAGUGGGACAUCCGGUGAAGAUGCCGAGAAUAAGGAUGGUGGUGAUGUGCUGACAGCUGCGAGAGAGCCUGUUUUCUCCAAAGGCCAGAGUAAGCGCAUCUGGAACGAACUGUACAAAGUCAUCGACUCUUCCGAUGUUGUCAUACAUGUGCUCGAUGCUCGAGACCCUGAGGGCACCCGAUGCAGGAGCAUUGAAAAGUACAUUCGUGAGGAGGCACCGCACAAACACUUAAUUUUCGUUGUGAACAAGUGUGAUUUGGUACCAACCGGCGUUGCUGCUGCUUGGGUCCGUGCGUUAUCAAAAGAUCAUCCCACUCUCGCAUUUCAUGCUUCCAUUAACAAUUCUUUUGGCAAAGGGUCUUUAAUACAGCUUCUACGCCAAUUUUCUGCUCUACACUCAGACCGUAAACAGAUAUCGGUUGGUUUCAUCGGAUACCCGAACACCGGAAAAUCAUCCAUUAUCAAUACCCUCCGAAAGAAAAAGGUGUGUUCUGUCGCGCCCAUUCCUGGGGAAACAAAGGUGUGGCAGUACAUCACCUUAAUGAAGAGAAUCUAUUUGAUCGACUGCCCUGGUGUCGUUCCACCGAGCAACAGUGAUACCGAAGAAGACAUCCUUCUUCGGGGAGUUGUGCGAGUGGAAAAUGUCGAAAACCCGGAGCAAUAUAUCCCCGCUGUUCUCAAACGGGUUCAGCCUCGCCACUUUGAACGAACAUACGAAGUCAAGAAUUAUAAAGACGCGAUUGACCUCCUGAGUAUCCUCGCAAGAAAAGGCGGGAGACUACUCAGAGGCGGAGAGCCUGAUGUCGAUGGAGUUGCUAAGAUGAUCAUUAAUGACUUUCUUCGCGGAAAGAUCCCAUGGUAUUCUUCACCACCACAUUCUGGUGAUGAUCCUGGUCCUUCAGAUGAAAGGAUUGAAGGGCGUGAGGGACGGCUUGGCGAAAUGAGUCGCAAGCGGAAGCGAGAUGGCUCUGAAGCUGGAUACUCAGAAGCCCCGUCCGGUGUUGCAGUUUCGGGGACGGACGAUACCGAUGCUGACAAGGAGUUUGAAGGAUUCGGCGAAAGUGAUGAAGAUUCACCUGUUGCCGUGGAAGAUGCAGAGAACCAAGAAAGUGCCUAG